GUCGCAGCAUUUUGAUUGGAUCCCGUGCGUUGAUCGCUCGCUUCUGGCUGUUUUUUUUUUUUAAUUUUAUUUGUUUUCGAAUUUCGUGUUUUCGGCCAGUGACUGUGUUGUGUGAGUGAGUGAACAUUUUUUGGAGUGUGUUUUGACCUAUUUUCAAAAAUGAAUGGGGUGGCCAAUCCUCCAUUCAACAUGUCUAUAAUAGACUCGUACAAGCGAUUUAUGGAGCGAAACAGCGACCCGCGAACGGAGGAAUGGACGCUGAUGUCAGGCCCUGGACCCCUGCUGACCAUCUUGGCCACAUACGUGUACUUCUGUACCUCAGUGGGCCCUCGGUACAUGAGGGACCGCAAACCCUAUGACCUCAAGAACACGAUAGUCGUGUACAAUAUCUCGCAAGUGCUGAUGUCUAUAUUCCUGGUUUAUGAGGGUUUAGUAUCCGGGUGGUGGAAUGACUAUAACUUCUCUUGCCAACCAGUGGACUAUUCCGAUUCGCCCAAAGCAAAAAGGAUGGCAGCAGCAGUAUGGUGGUACUUCAUGGCAAAGAUCAUCGAACUUUUGGAUACCAUUUUCUUCGUGUUGAGGAAGAAGAAUCGGCAAAUUUCCUUCUUGCACCUGUACCAUCAUUUCAUGAUGCCCAUUUGUGCCUGGAUCGGGGUGAAAUUCUUGCCAGGAGGCCACGGGACGCUCUUAGGCGUCAUCAACUCCUUCAUCCACAUCAUCAUGUACACCUACUACCUGAUUUCGGGGCUGGGCCCGCAGUACCAGAAGUACCUGUGGUGGAAAAAGCAUGUUACUACACUGCAAUUGAUCCAGUUCUGCAUUAUUUUCUACCACAAUUUCUCAGUCAUGUUCGGUGAUUGCAACUACCCGAAGGGUAUCAACUUUUUGCUCUCGUUGAACGCUGGACUUUUCUUGUACAUGUUCGGAAAUUUUUAUUAUCAAAACUACAUUAAAAUACACAUAAAACCUAUUCAAAACGGAGACGUCAAAAAAGAAGUUAAAAAUGUAGACAGCAAUGUAAAUAAUGAGCAUGUUAAACUAACAAGUGAAGUAGAUACAAAAACUAAUGUUGCCGAAGGAAAAAAGGAUUGCUAGCGAAAAGACUUAUUUAAGUAA